UGUUUUCGUUAUGGUUCCAAGAUUUACAUGAACUUUCAGAUUUCAAAGUAGAUAGGUGCUUACGACCAGAAAAAUAUGGAGAAAUAAAGAAUGCUCAGUUACAUCAUUUCUCAGACGCAAGCGAAAGCGGAUACGGUACUGUUACAUAUCUUCGUUUAGAAAAUACUUUCGGUGAAAUUCAUUGUUCAUUUGUGAUGGGAAAAGCACGCGUAACACCACUGAAGACGAUAACAGUCCCACGACUUGAACUAACUGCUGCUACUGUGGCCGUCCGUACGAACAAAAUGUUGUUAAAUGAGUUAGAAAUACCAAUUGAUCGGUCUAUAUUUUGGACGGACAGUAUGUCAGUUCUACGAUUCAUCUUGAAUGAAGAUGCUAGAUUUCAGACUUUUGUAGCAAAUAGACUCGCUGUAAUUCAUGAAGGUUCUUUUACCGAUAAUUGGCGUUAUGUGAACACCAAGCAUAAUCCAGCAGACCAUGCUUCAAGGGGUCUUACUUCUUCUGAAAUGAAAAAACGUAAUUGGAUGGUUGCACCUGACUUUCUAUGGAAAGAUGAGGACUUUUGGCCAAAGCCAUCGUCAGAAAAUCACGAGACAAUAUGUGCAAACGACCCUGAAGUUAAACAAGCAACUGUGCGAACAAUCAUUAAAACCGAAAUUCCAGAUGACAAUUCUUUGGGAGUCGAGAAACUUAUCGCGUAUUACUCAUCUUGGAUGUCGUUAAAGCGAAGUGUAGCGUGGAUACUUAAAGUUCGUAAGGAGUUACUUAGACGUGUCAGUAAUAAGAAACAAGAUAACAAAAUGACACUCGUUAAAGAAUCGGAUUCGAAAGAUUGUACUAAACGAAUAUCAUUUCAGGAUUUAAAAGACGCCGAACAUUCAAUUCUAGUUUAUGUGCAGAGACACGAAUUCACUGAUGAGAUUAACACUCUUUCCAAUAACCGAACAGUCAAGGCUACAAGUAAUAUCCGGAAACUCGACCCAGUUUUAGAUGGCGAUCUUUUACGUGUAGGAGGACGUUUAAUAGAGUCAAAAAUGCCGGAAAACUGUAAACAUCCGAUUAUAUUACCAAAGGGUCACCACAUCUCUGAAUUGAUUCUUAGACAAAUACACAUUGAUUUACAACACAGUGGUAGAAAUCAUUUGCUAGCUCACCUUCGUGAAACUUAUUGGUUGAUAAAUGCACCCUCAGCUGUGCGAAAAUUGAUAUCAAAAUGUGUUGUGUGUCGUCGCUUAAGUGCGCCCGUAGGUGAACAAAAGAUGGCUAAUUUGCCAUCAGAUCGUAUUACGCCGGAUGAACCACCUUUCUCGAGAGUAGGAGUAGAUUAUUUUGGUCCUUUCGAAGUAAAACAACGUAGAUGUCGUAUCAAACGCUAUGGUGCGAUUUUUACUUGCCUGUCUAGUAGAGCUAUUCACUUGGAGGUAGCUGCAUCUUUAGAUACUAGUUCAUAUAUUAACGUUUUACGACGAUUCAUUGCUCGUCGUGGUCAAGUAGAAAAGAUCAGAUCUGACAACGGCACGAACUUCGUUGGCGCAGAGCGCGAACUUAAGAGCGCAUUAAGUGAAUGGAAUUUGAAUCAGAUUGAGAAUGCGAUGCUACAAAAGAACAUAGAUUGGCAGUUUAAUCCUCCGGCAGGUUCGCAUUUCGGAGGUGUAUGGGAGAGGUUGAUCAGAAGUGUACGCAAGACAAUGAAUAGUGUUAUUAGAGAACAAGUUUUAGACGAUGACGGUCUGAAUACAGUUUUUUGUGAGAUAGAAUCAACUCUCAAUAGUAGACCGAUUACGAUGAAUUCAGAUGACCCAAGUGAUUUGGAAGCGCUGACGCCAAAUCAUCUGUUGCUUAUGAAACGCAAAGCUUACUUACCUCCUGGACUAUUCAGUAAAACAGACAAUUAUUGCCGUCGAAAAUGGAGACAAAUUCAGUACAUUGCAAAUCUAUUCUGGAGUCGUUGGGUUCGAGAGUACCUUCCCAUGUUACAAGAACGUCAGAAAUGGCAUAAACAGAGGAGAAAUUUAAUGGUUGGGGACAUUGUGAUUGUGGUUGACUCAAAUGCUCCGAGAAAUUCAUGGCCCAUGGGGCGGAUUAAUGAAAUAAUUCCAGACCGCAACGGACUCGUGCGUCAAGUGAAAGUAAAGAUCGGAAACAAUGUACUUACUCGUCCGGUAGAUAAAUUGUGUACUCUUUUAGAACUUGAUUAACAUUUAUCUUGUCAAUCUAAUAUUAGUCCAAGAACUUUAGUUAGUUGUAGAAAGUGAACUCAAACGUUAUGAACACUAUUGUUACAUAAUUUUGCUUAUUUUGUUGAGAUGCAUAUUUUUUAUUGCUGAUUUAGGUGUAAUUGUUCCGCACUGGCUAUACAAUUAGGGAGCUGGUAUGUAAUGUCAAUUUCAUAAACAUAUUUUUUGUCGAUUCACUAUUCAUGUACAGUGAUUAUUAGAGAGUUCCGAAUGAAAAUGACGCCAAUAACUUGACAAAAUCUGUGUUGAAAUUUUGUGGAAAUAUUUCUAAUUUGUAAAUCGUAUUUACCGUAUUUAGAGUAUGACGUAUUUGUAUGGAACGUAUUCGUAUUGAGGAAUUAAAUAUGGAACGUUAUGAUGUAUUGAACUUUAUUAUAAUAUAUCACUGUGUUUACUGUGUUCACUGGAUAUAAUAAAGAUUAAUAAACUUUCUCUGGAAUACGCAUUUGCCUUAGUAUAUUUCCACACCCUAAGUUUCUAGCCAA